AUGCCUCAGUUGACUGAGCCAGCCAAUCUACCUCAACCUCCAUAUAACUCCUCAACAUCCAUCUUUCAAAACACUACCAUCCGCCAGACCAUUCGUGUCACACAACCAGGUCAUGAGAUUCGCUUACGCUUGUCCAACGCAUUCGGCCUUGAAGAUCUUUCAAUUACCAAGGUUGCCAUCAGUCUACCCGUAGACCAGAAGCUCGGAACGAGUGCGAUCCAGCGCAAUACCACGAAGGAUGUUCUCUUCAGUGGUGUCGUGGACACAAUCAUCCCGAAUGGAGGACUAGUCGUUUCAGACCCAAUUGCACUCCCAGUAAAAGUGCAAGAUGCGCUCACUAUCGACAUCUAUUUGCAACAGGGUCAGAGUGGAGGUGCUAUCACCUCCCAUCCAGGAAGUAGAACAACAUCAUGGAUGACCUUGGGUGAUUGGGUCGGAAAGCAGAACCUAACAGAUCCUUCAGUGGAGAGUGUCGAUCAUUGGUAUUUUAUCAGCGCCAUUGAAGCUCUCCUCCCAUCCACGAGUCACAGCUGUGCAAUCAUCGGCGACAGUAUCACGGACGGACGAGGAAGCGACACCAACAAGAAUAACCGUUGGCCCGACCUUCUCCUAACCCGCAUGCAACAAACCCCGACAACCAAAUCAAUCGCUCUUCUAAACCAAGCAGCAGGAGGAAACAGAAUCCUUGCAGAUGGGCUCGGUCCAAACGUGAUCAGUCGCAUUGACCGCGACGCCCUAGCUCAGUCCGGCGUCCGAUACGCCAUUGUCUUUGAAGGCGUCAAUGAUAUUGGAGUCGCUGAUGCCGAUCCAGAGGUCCAGAAGAAGAUUGGCGAUAGACUUAUUGUCGCGUAUCAGCAGAUUGUGACUCGUCUCCACGCAUCUAGGAUUCCUGUGUUCGGGGCGACCAUAACUCCCUUUGGAGCGCCGGGUAAUGCUUCUGAUGUACAGCCCUACUCGAAUCCUAUCAGGGAGGACACGCGUCAGAGAAUUAACGAUUGGAUAAGGACAAGUGGUGUGUUUGAUGCUGUUCUGGAUUUUGAUGAGGUGCUUAGGGAUCCUGAGGUACCGGCACAACUUGCGGAUAAGUACGAUUCGGGCGAUUACCUACACCCGAAUGUAGCGGGAUAUCAAGUCCUGGCGGACUAUUUCCCUUUGGACUUAUUUGAGGAAUUCAGAAGCUAGGGCUAGAG